GUUCAAAAAAUACAAUCGACAAUGUAUCGUUCAGCCUACCAGAAAGGUUUCCUUACCGUGUUCUACAGCGUGGGCAGCUCGCCCCUGAACAACUGGUCCUCUUAUACAAAGAACGGAUACAUCAAGCGCAUCUACGAUGAGGACAUCAAGUCCCUGGUGCUCGAGAUUAUGGGCUCCAAUGUGUCCACCACUUUCAUACACUGUCCCAGCGAGUGCAAGGAGCAGCUGGGCAUCAAGCUGCCCUUUCUGGUGCUCCUGAUAAAGAACAUGCACAAGUACUUUUGCUUUGAAGUUAAGAUUCAAGACGAUCAGCGCUUCAUGCGCCGCUUCCGGGUGUCCAAUUUCCAGAGCAAGACCUCCGUGAAGCCCUUCUGUACGGCCAUGCCGAUGGGCAUGUCCCCUGGCUGGAAUCAGAUCCAGUUCAACCUAGCCGACUUCACACGCCGUGCCUACGGUUCCAACUAUCUGGAGACGGUGUCCCUUCAGCUACAUGCAAACAUCCGCAUCCGGCGCAUCUACUUUGCCGACAAGCUCUACACGGAGGCGGAGUUGCCAAACGAUUAUCGUCUCAUGGGCAAGCCCAAGGACCUCAAGAAGCCGGAGAAACAGUUCAAGGUGCAGGCCUCAGCCCGACCUCCGUCUCCAUUGAAUACGGGUCGCGGGGAGAAGGGUGCUGCGAAGGCCACUGAACAGGAAGGUCCCCCCACAGAUGCUCCUAGUGAGCCGGAACCUGUACUGCAGAAGUCUCCCUCGCCACCUGUUCUUCAGAAGGCUCCCUCUCCACCAGUUUCCGCUCCUCCAGAGCCCGCCGGCGCUCCGGAGGAGCCAGCUCCUCAAACAGAGGCUACCGAAGAGGCCUACUACUAAGUUAUUUUUCCUAUUCAUUGUUACUUUUCAUUCAGUUGACACGCGACUGGGAGUGGGACUACAUCUUUUAAAUUGCCAGUCAUAGACCAGUUUUGGUGCAUCCUUAUCGAAAUU